AUGGAAAUUCCGUUUUUUGAAAGAGGAACACCAGAAAAUGAUCCAGAAUUCAAAGAAAAAAUGGAAUGUAUUAAAAUUAGAGCAAAAAGUAGCAUUAAUGAUGCUUUAAAAAUUUUCGAAAUGGAAGCACCUGAAUGGCUAAAUAAAGAUGAGGAGAAAAAAGGGAAAAAUAUUUGAAAAUUUUUUGAUAAUAAUUUUUAUGAAAAACCUCAAAUUUAUAUUUUUGUAAAGUUUGUAUUAA